CCCUGAUGGCGGCUUGGAUGAGCUUCAGGGGGCUGGAGGAUGGCGAGGAGAGAGAGUGGGGCUCCUGGGAGUACGACUCCACCUGGGAAAGCGAUGAGGAGGAGGAAGAAGGGAAGGAGUCGCAGGAGGCCCGAGCCGAUGGAGAGGAAGAAGAGUCCUCGCAAGGGUGGUUCAGGGGCUCCCACCAGGCCAGCGGCGCACAGUCUAGAUGGUAUUGUUUAUUCAGGAAGACAUAUAUGUUUUUGAGGAGAGUUCUUUCAGAGCUUAAUCUUUCAGAUGCCCAGGAGCAAAGAAGACCAGCUGUCUCAUCAAUUGGUUAUAGAGGUUUUGAGUUCUUGACUGGACGCAACUGGACAGCUGCAAAAGAUAUGCAGAGAUACAGGCAUUGUUAUCCGGGUUUGAAAGAAAGGGAACCUGAUGCUGAAGAGGAGGAGAUGUGGAAUUUAAGUUUUUACAAAAAUGAAAUUCACUUUUUGCCUCAUGGCUUAUUUAUUGAUGAGCUCCUUGAAGCUUGGCAGGAGGAUUACGAGACUCUGGAAGAAAAUCAUUCUUAUAUACAAUGGUUGUUUCCUUUGCGUGAACGUGGGAUGAACUGGCGUGCAAAGCCUCUCACAUGUAAAGAAAUUCAGGCCUUUAAGAAAUCCAAGGAAGUUAUGCAAAGAUUCAUUAGAGCUUACAAACUCAUGCUGGGUUUUUAUGGAAUAAACUUGAUCGAUCAAGAAACGGGGAAAGUGCAAAGAGCAGAAAAUUGGCGUCAGAGAUUUCGCAACCUUGAUCGGUUUAGUCACAACAAUUUGCGGAUAACUCGUAUUCUGAAGUGUCUGGGAGAGAUGGGGUAUGAACACUAUCAAGUACGCCUGGUUAACUUUUUCCUAACAGAGACGCUUGUUUACCAAACACUCCCAAACGUUAAGAGAAGUGCCUUGGAUUACUUCCUGUUCACCAUCAGAAACAAGCAGAAGCGAAGGGAACUGAUACACUAUGCAUGGAUGCACUUUAAACCUCAGGAUAAGUUUGCAUGGGGGCCUCAUAAGAAACUCCAGAACUAUAAACUUCCGUCGUUAAAGUCUCAGCACUGCCAAAAGGCUGAGGAAGAGAAGGAAUCAGUCAGAGAUAAAGAAGCAGUUGGAAAGAACGAAACCAAUCCUCCAAACAGGGAGGAGAAAGUUGGAGAUGCUGCAUACUCAGAAACCAACAAGGUGACUGAUGAAUGUACCUCAGAGGAACAAAGUAAGCGUGAUGCCAUGUAUGUUGCAGAGCGAGGAGACAACGUAGAAGAGAAAGAAGCCUCACUUUCCCAGCUAGAAGAGAAGGUUCUGAGUGAGGACCUUGUGGGCCUGAGGGAUGGAGCAGAGAGUGAAUGCCUAAAGGAAAGCAAGAAAAGAAAGCUUGAGAUGAACAGAUUAACUGGAAAGUGCACAGGGCUAUUGAAAAGUCCCACUGAUAUUGAGAAGAUCUCUUAUAACCUAGGGGAAUUUGCUAUCGAUCAAGAGACCACAGAGACUCUUCCAGCAUUGCCAGAAAAGGGUGACCAAGUAACAGCUGAAGAAGGUGACGUCAGUAGUGAAGACUUCAAGGCGUCUGAGUCAUCUGAUGCACCUGUAAAAAGAAGAAAAGUUGAUGAAGCAAUGCCAGAAAACAGUACUGUAAAUGUGGCAAUAAACCCGGACACGGACACCACUACCUGCAACGUCCAAGCAACAGGGGCUGAGAAAGGAGAAGUUAGUGAGGAAGACACGGUUGUGGAAGAAAUUAAUGUGAAAACUGAGAAUGGUGCUGAAGGUGCAUCUGUGAAUUCAUUGCCUGGUUCUGAGACUAAUGAGCCUGGUCUGCCUUCUCUGGCAGGCAGUGGCUCAGUGCUACGUGAAGCAAAUUCAGAAAUACAAAAAAAAGCGCACCAAUGUAAUGAAACUCUAACAGUAAGUGAAAGCCAGGUAGACGACAGAGAACAGAAAGAAGGGGCAGAAGAUGUCCAUGCAAGAGGGGAAACAAAAACCCCAGACAAGAACCGGGGCCAAGAGGGUCUUCAGCAGAGUGUGGUGGAAUCUUGUCCUGAAAAAGUCAGUGCUAGGAAUGUAGCACAAGAAAUUGAUUGCAUUGAGGAUUCAGCAAAACUGAAUGAUCAGCAGACAAUGGCAGAGAGUGGCAAAAACAUUGCAAUAGCACCAGAGCAAGGGGCGGAGGAAGGACAGUUAUGUCCUGAAUUCAAGGAGCAUGGAACAGGGAUUCGGACUCCAAAGGCAUGUGGAAAAAGACGUCUCCUUUAAAACAAUCCAGAACAAACUCAAUCUCUCCCCUCCCCUCUGGUUGUCCUAACUAGAAAAAAUCUGCUUGGUCAACUUCGUAGGGAAAAGCCCCUGGCCUCUUCCUGUUCCCGUUUGUAUCUGACAUGCUGGACUAUCUGCAAGGAUUUCCCCUCUUAACCUCUUUGAAGAGCAAAGCUCUUAUUUAAUAAGUGAUUUUAAUCCAUGGAAUACAGAUGUUUGUAGAAGAAACCAAUUGGUUUCUGGUUUUCUUUUUUUACCAGGUAACUCCUCUUGGGCACUUUGGAAACUGUCACACUAACAAUGGGGAGUUUUUACAUUUGUUGUCUCCCUAGCAAAGGCCAUUGUGAGGCCCUGUUGAUCAUCUUGGUGAGACUCUGUUGAAAUCCGUUUUUAAGGAGACACCAAUUUGGUUGUGCAGUGUUUGUCCGACUUGAAGCCUGGUACUUUUCUGCUCCUUGAGGGCAAAGGUCCCCCAUUCUGCUGAUAUUUGCUUGCAAAAGGGGUGAAGGUAGCGAGAUUUCAUGUAUGUGAAAAUGCAAAUGCCUUUCCAUUGGUAAGUUACUAAUUUUAAGAAUUUAGUUUGGCAUACGAGAGUCAUUGAUUAAACUAUACAGUCAAAAUGUUUGACAAAUAUUAACCUUAACGGGGCUUUUCUCCAAUCUAUGUGCAGAGAUGUUGAGGGUUUAAUUCCAUCUAGCCCUAGCACAAGUCACUUAUGCAUUUCUUCCAAGGGUUGUUCGGAGACUGGAAACCCACCAGUCUCUAAGAGAAAAGGGGGCGGGGAAUAAAAUACAAAUGAGGCAUUGCUUAAAGAGAAUGCUGCCCUCCUGGGAGUCCCUUUUCCUCUCUCUGUGGAGCCCUGAUGGUUUUUCAGAUGCUACUUUUUUCAUUGGUUCUGAGUCCUUUAACUGUCUGUCAAUGCAGUUUUCAUCAGGCUACCGUUCCCUUGUCCCUAGUGCAGAUUUUCACCCUUGAUGAUUUUAAUCCCUUUUCUAGUUUGUGCACAUGUUGUGCCAGUAGCAUUCUGUCUCUCUGUCCCAAGUGUGUCGUGUGCACUGUCGGGGAUCAUAGCUGUUGAGGGGUGGGUUGUUUUUUUUGUUU